AUGUCCGCACAGGACUUCGGUAUCGUUGCGAUUGUGUUGCCCAACCCACAAUAUGACCCCUCCAAUGGAGCCCGCAUUGUCAAUGAAUCUUUUGGUUUCGCACUGAGAGCAUCGGGGCUCAUUCGCACUCUGUCUCCCAGCAAUCCUCACCAUUACGAUGUCAUACAAGGCCUUGUAUAUUCUCCCGACCUUCCGGCCUCCAGUCCUUGUGACAACUCCACCAGAUCCCUGAUUCCGGCCAAUGUCACGACACGGGCUCAGAUACCCCCGGGCGAUUACCCAUUGAUUGCGUUGGCACCGUGGACGGAGCCAGAAUGCGUCUUUUCCUACCUCUCUGCCAUGCGGUCCGAUCAGGUCCGAGGAGCCAUAUUCUUUCAACCGGGCGAUUCAAAUACACAACCUCCUCCGGUCAGCGAUCGCUCCUGGAGUCUCCGUGACGGUGGACAAUGGAAAUCCGCCAACCAGUAUCCAGUAUAUGCCAUCCCUGGGAUGCUGGGAUCUUUCCUGCUAAACGAACUAGCACUAUACUCCGGGAACAUGUCAGAGGUACCAUUCGGCAGCGACCUGGUAGAGAUCUACAACCCUCACGAUACGGUCAGGCUAUACGCAAGAAUGGAUGUCAAUUCCAGCACCGGUAUACCUUCGCUAUGGGUAUUUUUGAUCAUCGUCCUGGCCAUCCUGCUGGCGGUGGUCUUGAUGACUUCCAUCGUCAUGCACAUGAUCCAACGAAGACAACGGCGCAUCCUCCAGCGGCGAGUGGCGAAUGGCGAGGUUGAUCUGGAAGCCCUGGGGAUCAAGAGGCUGCAAGUGCCACAAGAGCUACUAGACAACAUGCCAAAGUACACCUACCAUGCGAAGUCGGAGCCAAAUAGCAUCAACGGCGACGGGCCGAAUGAGGCUGUCGAGUCUGAAACGGUGGAUGCAGUCAAACCCGAGGUGGGAAAGUCGGUGCAUGCGGAUACGAAGGACAUUGAGAGUGCGAUCGCACCUGCAAUUGUGAUCCGGCCUGUGGCGUUUUCUCAGUCGACUUGUCCAAUUUGUCUUGACGACUUCAUCAGCGGAGAGACGGCUGUUCGUGAACUGCCCUGUAACCAUAUCUUCCAUCCCGAGUGCAUCGAUCCUUUUCUCCGCGACAACAGCUCACUAUGUCCACUGUGCAAGAAAUCAUCACUUCCACCCGGAUACUGUCCUGUUCAGGUCACCAACCUCAUGGUGAGGCGCGAAAGACUAAUGCGGAGGAUGCGGCAGCGAUCGAGGAGCGCCACAGAAGAGUCCUCACUGGGGACCCAUUCAAACCGACUUCCGGCACCGCUCCUUGCACUCACCGGCCGUUCGGUUCGGACCAUUUCCAUCCCCAUGGUGUCUCCUCAGAUUCCUAUGGACCAAGCGAGGAGUGCGACUGCACACAUGGAGAAUGGGCCUUUCUCUCGCAGGCGAAACACGAUAGACGAGGAGAUCCCUGCUGAGGUUCGAGCUCAGGGUGUGUCUGCGAGGAGAGCGUGGCUGCGUGAACGACUGGCGCGCAGAGAAGCUCGCAGUUAUGAACAGCGGGCUGAUGAAGGCCAGGCCGCCGAGGAGUCCCGACCUCUCUGGCGCCGGGUCGCGGGUCGUCUGUUCCCCAGUCUUUGA